UGUGCUUCAAUGUUGAUGAAAUAAGAGUUUGGCUUAGGCCUUACGGGAGGACACGAGUGAUGCUUAGUUUUCUUCCUUAACAUUUUAUUGUGUUUGUUUGUUUAUUCAGGUUGGACAUUGUGCCGCUCUUUUGACUUAAUUGCUCUUACAAACUGACUAUGAAUGAUGUAAUGAUUUUUAUUCCUGUUUCAUUAUUCCUCUUCACAAAAUCUUUUCAAAACUCAAGUGUGAGGAAAGAACCAAAAAAAAAAAAUGUGCCUUUAUUUCCCAAUUUUGUGCCUCAAAAGAAGACCUCGAGGGCGAGGUCCAGCUCAAGUGUGAGGAGGUUGCGUUUUACACUCAAAAGUCAAAACCUUGUUUUAGAACAAUCUUUUUACUAUUUUUGAUAUGAAACAUUAAUUUCUCAAUUUGUUAUCUGAUAAGUCCAUUUUUGUACUUAUUUUUCUUAUCAAAUUUAAGCGAUUUUUGAUUGAAAAUAGAAAGAAAAGGCAUGUUUUAGAUAUUUUGGUUCAAAUUUUAUGAAAUCAGGUGAAAACCACAUUCAUCGUAUGUUUGUCGGAAUUUCGGGUCAAUUGAGCACAAAAUGAGCCAAUUCGAGCAACAAAUGAUAUCAUACCGAAAGAAGGAGACAUUAUUUCAAGGUGGUCCAGAAGACAAUAUUGAAGAGCACAAAAUAAGGAACAAGCCGGACAAAUAAUCUCAAAGGCGGCCGUGCAGGCGGCCACAAUGAAGGCCUUCGCGGCCGCCUACGGUAUUUUUGGAAAGUCAAACCUUGACUUUGACCGGAUUCGGAAAAGACCGUAGGCCGCCGACACUGGACGGAAGGCGGCCGCCUACGGUGACCGCCUGCGGCAGAAGACGACGAAGCAACCACCGGCCGGUGGGAUUUGACGGCAGGCGGCCAGACAGGAACGGCAGGCGGCCGCCUGCUGGACCGCCUGCGGCGGCCGGGAUCCGCCGGGAUCCGCCGCGAUCCGAUUUGACCGUGAAACGACGGCAGGCGGCCAAUUUUGGUGGAAGGCGGCCGCCCUCUGUGGCCGCCUACGGCUGACGGAGACCAGCCCACGCGAAGUUGCCGGCGAUUCGACGGCAGGCGGCCAGUUGCUGCCGGAAGGCGGCCGCCUGCCCGGGCGCCUUCGGUGAAAUUUCUCCUAUAAAUAGCCCGAUUUUUCCUCAACUCAAACACACCUCUUCCAACCCUAAAUCAGUUCAAAACACCUUCUUUCUUCCUCCAUUUUCGAGCUCCAAAGGUCUUAGAGAGAGAGAAACUUCAAAUCUUCAUAUCUUCUUCAUUUUAGCUCCAAAUUAUGUCUGGAGGAAGACGUGACGAUCCCAUUUUCGAGGAGCCACCACUAGGACGGGAAGACCCGCCACCUCAGCCUGAUAUCCCAUUUGCUACUAUUGCUGAUCGCAGACGCUUCCAGGCAUGGGGGCAAUACCGCACACUCCUUCCUCCCAUGAUCCUGGACCCGACGAUGCUAGAGGAAUGGGGGUACUGGGAUGACAUUGAUGCCCUGCUAGGAGACUCUUUAUGGCGGAGGAUUCUAUUGGUUCAGGAGAGGGCCAGCCUUCCAUUGACGAUGGAGUUUCUGUGCUCCGUUCAGUUCACUCAUUACGGACAGGCUGUGCAGGAGGGUGCUGUUAUUGGGUCAGAGUCUCGGAUGAGGUUUACUAUUCUAGGCAUGGAGCACUCCAUCACUGUGGCUGAGCUCGGAUGGAGGAUGGGGCUCUAUACCCCAGCAUACACACAGACUGAGGAGUUCCGUGCUCUUCCGACCCGCUUACCCGAGGCAUUUGACAUUGAUGAUUUCUGUGCUCCGUUCAGUUCACUCAUUACGGACAGGCUGUGCAGGAGGGUGCUGUUAUUGGGUCAGAGUCUCGGAUGAGGUUUACUAUUCUAGGCAUGGAGCACUCCAUCACUGUGGCUGAGCUCGGAUGGAGGAUGGGGCUCUAUACCCCAGCAUACACACAGACUGAGGAGUUCCGUGCUCUUCCGACCCGCUUACCCGAGGCAUUUGACAUUGAUGAGUUCUGGCACAGACACUCCACAGACACCAGAUCAUUUCUCCGGAUGCACCCCCAUUCGAACAAAUGGAGGGAGACUCACUGGUACAUACUCUCGUUCGUACUUUCUUGUGGUUUUUUUGGACGACCUAACAACACAAACAGGUUGUCCAAAAAGGACAUACUAUUCUUUUGGAGUUUGAUUCACCGCAUCCCGGUGAAUAUGGCUGUCCUUAUGGCUCGUUUCUUCCGGAGCCAGGGGAAGACUGUGCGGCGCACUAUCCAGGCAGGGCCUUUCAUCACUACCCUCGUUAGAUCCUUCUACCCAGAUCUAGACAUUCCAGGGCUAUCACAUUUACAGGAGAGCAUUCGCGUUCUUCGAUCCUCAUCCUUUACCAACAUGAGGAUCAAGAAGAAGCGGAAUACUCAGGAGCUCCCAGGUAUUGAGCAGCCGACCCAGCAGAGUAGUUCUUCUCGACCCUCAGGACAUGAGGGAUCUAGCGAGCCCUUUUCAUACAUGCCUAGCGCCACAGAUUGGAGAGCGAUGAUGGAUGGGAUGAGGAGUCUACAGACCUCAGUUUCAGAGAUGCGGGUUGCACAGGACAGAGGACUCCAGGAGAUGCGAGAGGCGCAUGAGACGGCCCUGGGAGAGUUCAGAGACUUUCGAUUAGCUCAGGAGAGAGCCACCCAGGAUAUGCAGGCGGAGCUAGAGACCCAGAGGCUAGAUAUUGAUGAGAUGAGAGAUUGGCUUAGGCCACACUAUGGCCCCCAGGAUGGCGCAGGCGAUGUUUAGAUUUGCUUCUUCCUUAACAUUUUUAUCAUGUUUGUUUGUUCUUCAGGUUGGACAUUGCGCUGCUCUUUUGACUUGAAUGCUCUUACAAACUGACUAUGGAUGAUGUAAGGAUUUUAAAAAACCAUUUUACUCCUGUUUCAUUAUUUCUCUUCACAAAAUCUUUUCAAAACUCAAGUGUGAGGAAAGAACCAAAAAAAAAAAAAUGUGCCUUUAUUUCCCAAUUUUGUGCCUCAAAAGAAGACCUCGAGGGCGAGGUCCAGCUCAAGUGUGAGGAGGUUGCGUUUUACACUCAAAAGUCAAAACCUUGUUUUAGAACAAUCUUUUUACUAUUUUUGAUAUGAAACAUUAAUUUCUCAAUUUGUUAUCAAUUCACAAAAUAGUUUAGAAAAUCACCCUUAUUAUAAGAAUUUACUAUUAUUAUUAUUUUUGAAAACUUAAAAUUGUUAUGGGUUUUUGGUUGCGAAUGUAAAGGUCUGAAUUUGUUUUAAUUGGACAUUCAUUUUUUUUCAUAAAAAAAAAAUGUUACUAUUAAUAAACCUCUUCAAAACUCAUUGUUAUAGGACAAUUCCAUCUCCGAAAAGGGGCUCUGUUUCAUUCGUUAAUCACAGUCUGUGAGAAUGAAAUAUGCAUUUACCAUGGGAUAACACCGCCAACAAGAGUGAAAAAGAGCAAAAAAAAAAAAAAAAAAAAAUGGUGAACAAGAUGAAUGUCCAAAUUAGAAUAAUGAAAACCUUGGGAUAAGGAAUUGAUCGGUGGUUUAACAUAAUCAAUAGUUUUCUUCAGUAAUAAUAAUAGUAAAUUCAUAUAUCUUGGGUGAUUUUUCUAAAAUAAAAAAAAUUGAGAAUAAAAGAGAGGUUUUUGUUUCUACUUCUUUAAUAGCAAUUCGAUUGUGAUAUAGUCAGGUUUUCCCUUUUUGAGUGUGUUUCCAACUAAUUCGUCGCUUGAGGACAAGCAACGCUUAAGUGUGAGGAGAUUGAUAAGUCCAUUUUUGUACUUAUUUUUCUUAUCAAAUUUAAGCGAUUUUUGAUUGAAAAUAGAAAGAAAAGGCAUGUUUUAGAUAUUUUGGUUCAAAUUUUAUGAAAUCAGGUGAAAACCACAUUCAUCGUAUGUUUGUCGGAAUUUCGGGUCAAUUGAGCACAAAAUGAGCCAAUUCGAGCAACAAAUGAUAUCAUACCGAAAGAAGGAG